AUGACAUGCAAUCGCCAAAGUGCAAUUUCUAUUUCCAAGUUGACACAUGCUACAGAUCACAUUCAUUUCCCUGUCCUUCCAAACUUUGCAUCUCUUUUAAACAGAGAAAGUAUCAAUGCGGAGCUCGAGUAUUUGGAGAGCCAACAUGUCAAGGACAUUUCGGAAAUACGCGCGAGAAAAGUUGUCAUGGAAUUGAAGUAUGACGAGACAUCUGAAACUUGUGCGAUUGCUCUAAGCACUUCGAACGUCUUCGUACAGCAGCAAGAUCAACCGCAUUUUCCAUUGGACUGGAGUUACAACACGUCUCUCAAGGAUAAUACCAACAAUUUAUCAAUGUCACGUGCAGUUGAUCGGGAGGGGCAACCUGAAAGAGUCACAGCUACCUCUGUUGUCCUUGCAAACCAUGUACCUUGCACAAACGUGACAUCUUCAAGCGAUGUCCCGGCAGAAAGUAAUUAUUUAUGCCACCACGACGUCGGCGAUCCCACAUUUCAAACCGCCAUCCUUCCUCUAACGUCUCAAAGGCACUCAUAUGAACAUGAGAAUCGAUCGAGAACAUACGCUUGGCAAAAUACGUCUAAUUACUCGUCUGCAGCUUACACCGAAAAGUACGAAGAUGAGGAUGAGGGGAAUUUUACCAAACGACGCCACGUGAUACACAUGUCGCCGUCUCGUCAGCAUCUUUGUGAACCUGAAAAUAGUAUGAAUGGACUGGAACCAUCCAAGAUGCAUGUGAAUCCACUAUGUCUUCCGAGCAUACAAUCAAUGGUUAAAGGCGACGGAUCUCAAUGGCACUCCGCUCAAAAGAAUGUUGAUAAAAUCAUGCCCAUCAUUCCUCUUAGCAUCAAUGGAAAUCGAAGCUGUACCUCGGUAGUAAAGACUAAUUCUGAGGUUUCACGACCUUCAAGUCCUCAAUUGGAAACGAGAACCAACGAAUUGUGUACACUUGAAACAUUAGUUCGGAAAUCUGACGAAUUUCUGAAUUCUAAGAGCCUUGUCCGCAAUCGUCACGAUGAGAUCGACUGGGUAGCGACAUUUUUAAAGGUUGGCUUCGACUCGUCGAGUAUCUUUUCCUCUAUGUGUCCACUGCGCAAGGGUCGAUGGAAAUCUGAAGAAGAAAAUUAUACCAUGAGUCUAUUACGACUUAUUGAAAAUGGGACGAUUUUCUUGCGGCAUGGGCAAAGCAUCCGAAAUUACGUUGGUGAAAAAUUGCACAGCGAUGACAUGCGCGUGCUAAAAAAACUAAGCAAUUGCAAGAUGUACCGGUUUGCGAAGAACAUUAAUCUUCGACUUGCAGAGGCGAAAGCUUUAACAUGA